AUGGUGUGUGUGGUGAUCAAUGGUGCUUUGUUUCUGCGUCUUGGGUCUACAAGAGAGGAGGAGGAAGGGUAUAUCGCAGGGCCAGAGAUAUGGCACUUUGAGACAAGUAGUUUCCAUCUCCCUGUAGGGGAGAUGUCGAUCACUCUUGACAGUGUCUCCACUUUACUUCACCUCCCGGUGAUGGAGCAGUUAUGUGAUUUGAAGGAGUUGGAGUUUGAGGAAACUCGUACAACCCUUGUAGACCUACUCGGUGUUGAUGGUGGUGUAGCUGGUGCUAAGAUGGAGGAUGCACGUGGUCCGAAAGUCAGACUUAAUUGGUUCAGAGAGAUAUAUGCUCAGAGGUGUCAGUCGCAACAUUGGGACUAUGCUACUAGAGCAUAUCUGUUGCAUCUAGGUGUUGUUGCACUCGCCCAAUUGUACGAGCAGCUCGGGGAUGCGAGUCUCGCUUCCAUGAAGCAGAUGGCUGGAUAUUUGACUCUGUUUCAGAGUUGGAUAUAUGAGCAUUUCCCUAGCAUUAGAAAUAGGUGGUUGGUGUCUUUAUAUGAUGACACCACACCACAUGCGACUAGGUGGCAGAGCCCUCGGCAGAGUUCGACUCUUGCAGAGAUUUGCUCACAGUUGGAUGACCUGAAAUACAAUGGAGUUGUAUGGCAUCCAUAUGAGGCACAUCGGGGCAUUCAUCCAUUCUUCGGCAUCUGUAUGUAUUUUGGAUGGAUUCAGAUUGGUGACACCAUUUCCCGUCAUUUUCUUGAGCGUGUGAUGAGGCAAUUUGGGUUUUACCAGGAGAUUCCACGACCAACCACUACCGUUGCAGAUACAGAUGUAGUCGCUGUUGAUUAUGCGUGGUUUCACUUCAUGGAUCACGUUAUUAUGAAUGCUAGAUUUAGGCGAAUGGCGAGAAUGUUACAGUCGUUGAUAUCAUGUCAUCAUGUGACCGAGGAUACUGUUGCACAUCAGGUGUCGGUGGACCUGCUUCAGAUUGCUAAUGAGGGCAUCAAUGAAUAUUCCCCGAUUAGGAGAGCGUAG